AGCUGGGGAGGUGGCACCCUGGCGGUGUGAACAUGGCGGGGCCGUGGGCCGCUCGCGAGCUGCGGGCCGGAAGCCGGUACAUCUCCACACCAGCUUUCUCUCAGCUGACACGUGAGGAGGUGGUUCGGAUGCGUAACGAGCUCUUCACCAAAGAGAAAGAGAGACAAUUGUCUCUUCACCCACGGAUUGAGAAAAUCAAAGUGAAAUACACUGGGAAGUCGCACCCUGGUAGUGUGUUUGUCAUGAACAAGGCUCUCUCUACGCCAUACAACUGUGCCAUGCAUUUAAGUGAAUGGCACUGCAAGAAAUCUGUUCUGGCUGUUGUGGAUGGCGAAAUCUGGGACAUGUACAGACCCUUGACCAAAUCAUGUGAAAUUCAGUUCCUUACCUUCAAAGAUGAAGAUCCAGAGGAAGUAAACAAGGCGUAUUGGCGUUCCUGUGCCAUGAUCAUGGCAUGUGUGCUAAAGCGAGCGUUCAAGGAUGAAUACUCAGUCAACCUAGUUAAAGCUCCAGAAGUGCCAGUGAUCUCUGGAGCUUUCUGUUAUGAUGUAGUUUUGGACAAUAAACUGAAUGACUGGAAACCAGCAAAGGACAACUUCUGUUCUCUUACAAGGGAUGCCAAAAAGCUGAUCCAUCAAGACGUGCCCUUUGAAACACUGCAUGUUGAAGCAAAAGUAGCACGUGAAAUGUUUCAGCAUAACAUAUACAAAAUGGAGAUGAUAGAAAGAAAAGCUUCUCAGAAUAUGGAAGGAAUUGUGAUGUUACAUAGGUUUGGUGACUUUGUAGAUGUUAGUGAAGGUCCUCAUAUUCCAAGGACAAGUUUCUGUUUCCAGUAUGAGAUAACGGCAGCCCAUAAUCUUCAGACUGACCAGUCUGAAUUGAUGAGGAGAUUCCAGGGUGUGUCCUUGCCAGUCCAUUUGAAGGCUCACCACACUGUGUGGCACAAACUGCUGGAAAGAUCAAAGAGGCUGGUCACUGAAGAAGAAUAUUUGGAAGCAGCAGAACGUCUUGAGGCAAAAGAUGGAACUGAAGAAAAAGAUGGAACUGAAGAAGGAAAAACUGUAUCAAUUUAAAUUAAGUUGAACCUCUAAAUGUACAUAAUAAAAUGUAUAUUUUUACAUGA